AACAUGGCUGACUUGGACACUUGACAUUUCCAAGAAAUUGUGGUAUCUUCAGGGAAAUACAAACAGAUGGUAAACAAGAUGGUUUGGAUUUUGUUGAUGAAGAACGAGUGUCAAUUGCGUUGAACUCUGGAAGAUUCAAAGUGUACAUACGCGAUCACGCCUUCUGAAAAGACACAAGGAAAACGAUAUAUUUUGAAGUCUCAAGAUAAAGAGUGUGAAGAUAAAAUGGCGAGUUCGUUUUCUUGGGAAGAUUGGCUUGUUGUUGGUUUAUUUUUUGUUAUCACAGUGUCUCUCGGACUUUUAGUUAAGUUGCGUAAGCGCAGGAGCAAUAAAGAGGAGACAUCUGAGGAAUUUUUUCUUGCUGGUCGUAACCUUUCAUGGUGGAUGGUUGGUGGCAGUCUAUUUGCCAGUAAUAUGGGUGGAACGCAUUUUGUUGGUAUUGCUGGUGAUGGUGCUGCAACUGGUAUAGCAGUCGUUGCUUAUGAAUGGCAGGCUUCGUGGAUCUUACUGCUGUUAGGAUAUGUUUUUGUUCCUAUUUACCUGAAAGGAGGGGUUUAUACAAUGCCUGAGUAUUUAAAGAACCGUUAUAAGAGUACGGCUAUUCAACAAUUCAUGACUAUUAUGGCGUUGAUUAGUUACGUUUUUACGAAAAUCUCGGUUGACAUUUAUGCUGGCAGCUUGUACUUCAGAGAGGCUACAGGAACAAAUAUUUAUAUUUCAGCUGUUAUCAUUCUUGCAAUUACAGCUCUCUACGUGAUUCUAGGUGGUCUUGAGGCUGUAACAUAUACAGAUGUUUUACAAUGUGCAAUCAUGUUAAUUGGUGCAAUUGUGUUGACUGUUAUUGGUUUUAAUGAGAUUGGUGGUAUCGAUAAGCUAUGGGAAAAAUUCCCUCAAGCUGUUGGUGCUCCAUACAUUGCUAACGACACGAAUAACUCUGCAAUUACCAAUAAUAGUUCUAACAUGUCCAGUUGUUACGCUAUGACUGGUUAUUGGGCUAAUAUGUUUCGACCCAUUGAUGACCCUGAUUAUCCAUGGUUAGGUAUCUGGUUAUCCUUACCUAUCAUUGGAAUAUGGUACUGGUGUACUGAUCAGGUCAUAGUUCAACGAACUUUAGGAUCAAAGUCAUUAGCCCAUGCGAAAGGUGGUACUAUUUUAGCUGGCUUUCUUAAAGUGUUACCAAUGUUUAUAAUGGUUAUGCCAGGAAUGAUAUCGCGAGUAUUAUAUGCUGAUAUGAUCGCUUGCCCGAAUGCCGAAAGCUGUAAAAUAGCAUGUGAUAACGAAUUUGGAUGCACCAACAGAGCAUAUCCCAAACUUGUUUUCGAGUUACUUCCAGUUGGUUUAACCGGUUUAAUGACAGCAGUUAUGGUUGCCGCAGUGAUGUCAUCAUUGUCUUCUGUCUACAACAGUUGUAGUACAAUAUUCACCGUUGAUGUUUGGAGCUAUUUCAGACCUAAGGCUGGAGAUAAGGAAAAAGUUAUAGUUGGUCGGAUCGUUGUUCUUUCAAUGAUUGGUUUUGGUAUUGUUUGGUUACCAUUCAUUGAUAGUGGAAGCGGCAGUCGACUUUUCAAAUACAUCCAAACUAUUCAGGCACUACUAGGUUCACCAAUCAUGGCAGUAUUUUUGAUCGGAAUAUUAUGGCCACGAGCUAACGGCUGGGGAGGUUUAGCAGGUUUGGUGUUUGGCACUGUCCUUGGCAUUGCACGUUUUGCAACAGAAUAUGUUUUUCCACCUCCAAAAUGUGGUGAAAUUGAUGAUCGACCCGGUUUUGUUUCUCUGAAUUUCAUGUACUUUGGUGUAAUUUUGUUUGUUGGAACAGUUUUCGUUAUUGUCGUCAUAAGUCUUCUUACAGCCCCUAUACCUGUGGAAGAAAUUGCCGGUCUGACUUGGGCUACCAUAAGAAAGCAGAAGAAGCAGAGAGAAGUAGAACCACAACUAAACCACGCAGCUGAAGACAUUGAAUUGGGCAGUAAUUAUAUUGUAAAUGGCAGUAUAAACAAAGUUGGAGGAGACAGUCGCGAUAAUAACAAUGGAAAAAUAUGCAGUGGGGUAACUAACGGUCAUACAACCAACGGCCACACCACCAACGGUCAUGCAAAUAAUGGAAUGGGCAAUGUUCACGUGGGGAACAUGAAGUUAUCGGAGUUUCAAGUGGAAGCAACGGUAGAAAUUGAUGUGGAUGACGUUCUUCUUGAGAGCAAAAUUGAAAAGAUAUUGACAAACAUUGGAACUGUGUCAUUACUGGCGACAUUAGCUUUUCUGUGGAUAUGGUACCGUUGAAUAAAUUGUACAUAUUGUGAUCAUUGGAGAAUGUAGAACAAAUGGGUUAAUGGUGUAUGUAACAAAGGUCUGUACUAGUCACACAUUGCUUGUAUGAGAGAGAAAAUAGCAACGAUGAAAGUGAGAAUGACAAACGUAUAACUACUUAAAGUAAUGGUCUUGUCAUUGCUGAUACCAUGUUUGUACUGCAAUAUUUGUUAUAUAAAAUAAUAAUUGUGCAGCAAUGCAUACGUUUUUUUA